GAUCGCCAACACCAGUCAGGGUCGUGUUAAUCGCGCGUCGUCAUUCCAACAAGAAGGUGAUCGUCUCGAGCUCAAGCACAUCAGGUUUUACAAUGUUGAAGUUGACUGUGAUGUUGCUGGGGGCUAGCAUGGCCGUGGCCUCGCCCCAAGUAUCGAAUUUGGACGUGCUGAUUGACAAGGCAUUCCCGAAUAACAACAAUCAGAACAAUAACGAUCUAAUUGCCCCAUCAAGACCACAACAGACCACACAAUCUGCUAAAAAUCUUGAUGUGUUGAUUGACGAAGUGUUCGGUCAACCAGGCAAUAAUGAUCAACGUAAUGCAAAAAACAAUAUGAAUAACAUUCAAGUUAAAAAUCUUGGUGAUACUUUUUUAGGUGUUGAUAAUCAGAAGAGUAAUGAUAAUAAUGAUGACUGCGAGUGUGUUCCUUACUACCAGUGUCAGAAUGGAUCGAUCGUUGAUGAUGGAGUGGGGCUCAUUGACAUCAGGCUGCAGGCACCGGGCUGCGAGAGUUACCUCGAUAUUUGCUGCAAACGUCCGGAUAUCAUCCCGAACCCAGUCACCACUCCACGUCCAGUGCCAGUACGGAGAGAGUGUGGACGGCGUAAUCCGCAAGGUGUUGGAUUUAGAAUUACUGGGGAUCGUGACAAUGAGGCCCAGUUCGGGGAAUUCCCCUGGAUGGUGGCUAUUUUGAGGGAGGAGGACAUCAACAACGCCAAGAUGAAUGUUUACCAGUGCGGAGGGUCUCUGAUUCAUCCCAGAGUUGUUCUCACGGCUGCUCACUGCAUUGUUGGGAAAACUCCUCAACAACUGAGAAUUCGUGCUGGCGAGUGGGACACUCAGACGAAGUCUGAAAUCUACCCUCACCAGGAUCGUGAUGUAUCUAACUACGUGGUCCACGAGAAUUAUCACGCUGGAGCACUUCGCAACGACUACGCUCUGCUAUUCCUCUCUCAACCGGUCGACAUCACCGAGAGUGUUAAUGUUGUCUGUCUUCCUGAAAUUAACGACGUUUUCGAUGGAGCUAAGUGCUUCGCCAGUGGAUGGGGCAAAGAUGUUUUUGGGAAAGAAGGUCAUUACCAAGUAAUUCUCAAGAAAGUUGAACUCCCAGUUGUCAACCGCGAAAUUUGCCAGAUCAGUCUCCGCACCACACGUCUGGGAAAGUACUUCGUUCUUGACAAGAGCUUCAUCUGCGCCGGAGGCGAACCUGGAAAAGAUACUUGCCGGGGUGAUGGAGGAAGUCCUCUGGUCUGUCCACUUCGCCGUGAUCCCUCUCGUUAUGCCCAGGCUGGCUCCGUCGCCUGGGGAAUUGGCUGUGGUGAGAACGGUGUUCCUGGUGUCUACGCCAAUAUAGCUGCUGCUCGUAACUGGAUUGAUCAACAACUCGCUUAUAACAAUCUAGACAUCACAACCUACGUACCAUAAUAGUCGAUAUAUGUAUUAUGCAUCUGUAAUAAAAUCCUGAUUUUAAUUCAUACGAUGAUUGUCGUUAUUGGAGAGAAAAAGAAAAAUGUGAAAAUUAUGAAGAGAAAGACAUUCAUAUGCAAUAGAAGAAUUAAUAAGUAAGACGCUAAUUUUAUUUUCAAAGUGUCUGUGAAUUUGUUACCUUCAUUCUCGAAUGUACACCAUAUUUAUGAAAUUUAUGUAAUAAAGGAGAGCGAGGCUAAAUGGGCUA